CAGAGGAGAGGGGAAGAGAGGUUAUUUACCUUAGAGGGAGAGCAAGAGAGAACAAGGACAUGGCCAUGUGGAGGACAGCGGCAGCUCUACUGCUAAUUCUACAAACUGUGUUGGGUCAUGACAUCAUCAGAUGGUGCACCAUCUCAGAUGCAGAGUACAGAAAAUGUUCGGCCAUGUCGGAAGCCUUCGCUAAGGCCGCAAUCCGUCCAUCCCUGAGCUGCGUCAAGGGGGUGACAGUUGAGGGCUGCGUUCAGAAACUACAGAAAAAAGAAGCAGAUGCUUUGUCCAUGGCCAGCCCUGACAUCUACAAAUUGGGGAAAACCGCCUCCUUUAAGAUUGAUGCCAGUGAAUCAAAACUUGAUGGUACCGGUGCCGACUACUAUGCAGUUGCUGUGGUAAAGAAAGCUAAUUCUGGCAUCACCAUCAACAACCUGGCGGGAAAAAGGAGCUGUCACACAGGGAAGGGCCGAACAGCCGGCUGGAAUAUGCCUUUAGGAUACCUCAUAGACCAGGGCUACAUGUCUGUAGUGGGCUGCAACAUCCCACAGGGUGUGGCACAUUUCUUCAAUGCCAGCUGUAUCCCCGGAGCAAACCAGGAAGGUGAUCCAGCGUCUCUGUGUCAGCUAUGCAAAGGAAAUGGUGAAGGACUGAACAAAUGUGACAUGAGCGACAAAGAGUUGUACUUCAGCUACGCUGGAGCUUUCAGGUGUCUGACUGAAGAUGCAGGAGAGGUUGCCUUCAUCAAACACACAACUGUUGCUGAAAACACUGAUGGUAAUACUCCUUCAUGGGGAAACAAACUGCUGUCAUCGGACUAUGAGCUGUUGUGUCGUGAUGGCACCAGAGCUCCUGUCUCUCAAUGGAAAACAUGCCACCUGGUCCGCGUCCCAUUUCGUGGGAUUGUUGUUGGCAUUGACAUCACUCCCUCUGUGGUGUUCAACAUGCUGAUGGAGGGACUGGAAAAGUCAGGGUUCGGUAUUUUUUCAUCUAAGGAUUACGGAGGAGUAAAUCUUCUCUUCUCUGAGUCAUCCACCAGUUUUCUUGGGGCCGAGUCAGAUGACCCUAAGAAGUGGAUGGGUCCCUUCUAUUAUAAUGCUCUGACAGCCAUGGACUGUAAACCUGAAGGCGUCCUGCGUUGGUGUGUGUUGUCCAGUGGUGAGCAGCAGAAAUGUGCUGACAUGAGCGUGGCCUUCCAAAGCAAAAGUCUGACUCCAGAAAUCAAAUGUGUCUACGGGGACUCUGUGACUGACUGCAUGGAGAGAAUCAAGAACAAUGAAGCUGAUGCCGUCACUCUGGAUGGAGGUUACAUCUACACAGCAGGCAAAGAGUACGGAUUGGUCCCUGCUACCGGCGAGAGCUACACAGAGGACCGAGAUGGUGCCAUGUACUAUGCAGUCGCAGUGGUGAAAAAGAGUAGCUCUGACAUCCGUAACCUUGACGACCUGCGUGGCCGUCGCUCCUGUCACACCGGAUAUGGUCGCACGGCUGGCUGGAACGUUCCCGUAGCAACGCUGAUGGAGAGAGGCCUGAUAGCACCUCAGCACUGUCAGAUACCCCAAGCCGUGGGAGGGUUCUUUGAGAAAAGCUGCGUACCAGGUGCAAACCAGCCUGGUUUACCCAGCAAUCUGUGUGAUCUGUGUGUCGGCACCGAAUCAGGAGAUAACAAAUGUGAAAAGGGAAAAGACAUGUAUGACGGGUACGACGGUGCCUUCAGGUGUCUUGCGAAAGGAGCUGGAGAUGUGGCUUUUGUCAAACAUUCUACUGUCUUUCAAAACACUGAUGGUAAUGGUGAAACGUGGGCAGUAGAUCUCCUGUCUAAAGACUUCCAGCUGCUGUGUUCUCAGGACACUAAAGCCGAGGUUACACAGUACAGACACUGCCACCUGGCCAGGGUCCCAUCCCAUGCUGUAAUGGUACGGCCCGACACCAACAUCCACGCCAUCUAUGGACUACUUGACCGCGCACAGACAUAUUUUGGUAGUGAUACAGGUACUCAGUUCAAGAUGUUUGACUCGAAGGAUUACAGUGGCACAGACCUCAUCUUCAAAGACUCCACUGUUAGCCUUGUCGGUGUUGGUGACAGAAAGACCUACCAGGAGUGGCUGGGCCAGGGCUACAUGGACACCCUGGUUGACAUGGAGUGUAACUCGUCCAGUGCAGUGAAGUCCUCUGUUUUGCUGCUGCUGAUGGCUCUGUUCAGCUUCAUGCUGACCCACCUCUGGAUAUAAUGGGGUGAAGGCGUCCAUUAACGUCUCCUACUCACUUUCAUCACUUCUUUUCUCUAUUUCUCAUAUAUUACCACUUUACACUCCUUUUUCCCUUCCCAUGUCUUCCCCCUCUCCAUGCCUGAUUAUUUUGUCCAUUUUCUCUUAAGUUUCUAAGAGAAAUGAUCAGAUCGUAACUUGCCAACAAUAGCCUUAGUCUGGUCAAGUUUGUCCUGCUUUUUCCGAGACCUUACUAUCCUUGCAACUAUGUUUUGAUCCUACAAAUUGCAUCAUUUCUUACUAGUUGUGUUUUUUUUUUUUUUUUUAUAUAUGAGAGAGUCAUGUUGGAACUGCCUUUGGAUUUAAAUGGUGCUGGUGUUGGAUAGAAGCACAUUCCCUCGUGUUAUUGUGGCAGAUAAGAGUUUAGUUCCCAAAGGACUUUCAGCCUGUGUGAAUCAGACAUGAUGAGACAUGUGCUGCUGCCACUGUGUUUACUGAAGGUGGGCUGCCAUAUCAGCGUGUAUGCUCCCACCUGUUACAUUUCUUUAGUGGGUUGCUCAUUUCCGUCUCUCUGAAGCUAAUUUUACAAAGAACAGAAAAUCUGAUGUUAAACUUUUACAUGAGUUCUUAAUAACAUUUGGAUCACUUAUAUUACUUACUUACUUUUAAAUACAAGUAUUGCAUUCUGGACUUAUUAACAUUUUUUCCAAUUCUAGAUGCUCUACCAGUUUGGAGCUACAGUUGAUUAGCUAAGCCUAGCUUUAGCUUAGCUUUUUGCCCUAUUGAACCUUUAAAACUGUAUUUUUAAAAGACUUUAUGUAAAUAUAGAAGUCAGAUUGCUGUUCCCUUCUGCUGCCACUUGCUGUGUGAGUACUACUAACUAACACAGCCUUUCCUUAGUGUAGGCUGUGUCACUGUUAUAAGCUAAUGCCAUAUCAGUGAAUAUGCACUAGUGUUGCCUCAACACGGAGCUGUGCUGGGAAUAGUGUGAUGAUGAGUGGCUGAGUGUUCAUCCAUAGGCUGUUUACUUCAUGUAUUCUCCUCAAACACCUAAAAUCAAGUUGAAUAUAUUACUCUGGCUUGAAUCAUAUUAUUUUUGAUCAUAAAUGGAAACUGCUUCAGCAGCAGAUAGUCACCAUAAGCUUAGACUUACAGCCAUUGCUCACGAUUUGUAAGCAUUUAAUUACCACAUUUCGAAACACAUGGAGUGGGCUCCAUCAGAUUUGGGGAUAACAUAAAGAAACAUCCUGUGGUUUGUGUUGAGAGUGAAUGAGAUGUGUUUGGAUGGUUUAAGUCAAAGAGGAGUUUGUGUUAAUUAUAAUAAUAUGUUAAUGUGACUUUCACUUUUUUCAGUUAAAAAAGUAUUUUAAUUGCAUUUGUGUUUGACUUGGAAACAUUGACCUCCUUUUGGUUUAAAAGGGAUUAGGCUUGAUAUAUUAAGUAAUCCAGUUUGUGUCCAAUUUAUAUAAUAGCUAAAAGAAAGCAGAUGUUUAUGUUAGACUAAAAUCUACUCUCAUGUACUCUAACCCAAAGAACUCACUCCAGGAAUGUGUUAACUCAAACUGUGCUGCUCACAUCAUAUCUACUGUACUUCCUGCUGCAAAUGCUGUUUCCUGUUUUUAAAUGAUAAGAUGUGUAUUUUCCUAUGUUAAGAGAUUUAUUUUUAUAUGAUGUUCAGAUGCCAUAUCAGUGUAUAUGUGCUGACUCAUGCUGUCAGAAACUAAUGCAUUCUCUUCCUCCUGAUAGAGAUUUAUUUCUAUGUGAAAUUAUGUAACAUGUGACUAAUAUUUAGUUGCCAGACCAGUGAGUCUGCACAAGUAUUGAUACAUAAAACUGCCUAAAUGAGCUGUUUUCUGUGCUUGUUCAAAUGUAAUUAAACUAUGUUAAAUGCA